GGAAAGUCAAUCCAAUCCUUCGACGGUGGUGGUUUUUCUGCGCUGCAUGGUAGUUUUGACGUUGUGAAACGUUAUGACUUCGUUUAUUCAAGCUGUUCUGUUGUAGUUUCUUUGCCCGCAUCAAUGGCGUCCGGUGAUGAUGACGUUGUUUACAAGCACACACAGGACUCCCCUGCUGACCAGUGGGAUGAUGAAGCAUUAAUAAAGGCGUACAGCAAAGCGAUCUCAACGAAAGAGGAUACAUUAUCAUUAGCCAAGCCCGAGACUUCGGCAGAAGCUCCUAGGCAGCAAAAAAGAAAGAAACAAAGAAAUAAACAUAGCGAGUCGAAGGCUUCCGGCAAAGAAAAGGACUGGAAGGUCGGGGACUUCUGCAGGUGUACAUAUUCACUAGAUGGACAAAGUUACGAAGCCAAAAUAAAGUCAGUAGACCACGACACAUGUGUCGUUCGAUACAUUGGCUAUGGAAAUGAGGAGGAGGUUUCCAUGUGCGACCUACUUCCAUCCGAAGGGAAGCAAGUGAGACUACGUCAAAAAGAACAAGCUGAGCUGCAGAAUGCAGGUCAUGGUGCAUCAUUACCGGGAGACCAUGGGGCUUCCGCAGAACAGCAGAAUAGACAUUCGGCUCAAAAUUCCUAUAGUGCAUUUUCGUACCAUGCUUGUCCAAUGCCCCCCGUGGACCCUCUGCGGAACCACUGGCCACCAUUUAUGAAGCCGCCGUUUCUACCACCGCCACCGCCACCAUCGUUUUCUCCCUCCCACUUGAUGGAUAAUGAAGAAGCCUUAGCAUCCAUGCUCAUGUCUUGGUACAUGACAGGUUACCACACAGGAUACUAUCAGGGAAUGCAAGAGGGACGAGCGCUGAGAAAAGAUAAAGGAUGCUGCAGGCACAGCUGUCAUGACUGAUCUGCUUCAGCCUAUGUAUUGUUUUGAUAAAUUAUGGCACCGCUCUUUAA